UAUCAAUCAUUUUUCUGUCAUUGUAUCUUCCAUUUUAAAAUUACUUGUGGUAUAAGGCUAUAAGAAAACAUUAUCUACUUCAACUUCCAAACUGAUUUUCUUAUAGAGAUAUUAACAAAUGGAGUCCUUCUGGUUUAUCUUCAUAGUCUCCCUAUUAUGCAUCCUUCCGCUUCUCAAAUCGCUAUUUUCUUCAAUCGCCGGUGCCCGCAAGAAGAACCUUCCGCCAGGACCCAUUUCGGUACCGUUGAUCGGAAACUUGGUAUGGCUGCGCAGGUCUCUUUCUGAGCUGGAAUUCAUCCUCCGCGAGUUCAAGACCAAGUACGGCCCCUUCAUCACCAUCAGAAUUGGCCCUCGUAUCAGGUUAAUAUUUAUCGGCAGUCACUCCCUCGCUCACCGUGCUCUUGUCCAAAACGGUGCCGUCUUCUCCGACCGUCCAAGUGCCGCGCCGACGAGUAAGAUCGUGACGAGCAACCAGCGCACCAUCAGCUCCGCCGCCUAUGGCGCCACCUGGAGGAUCCUCCGCCGUAACUUAACGUAUGAGAUUUUACACCCCUCCCGUGUGAAGUCGUACUCCAUGUCCCGCGGGUGGGUGGCUGGUGGUCUUAUUCAGCGGCUUGUGGUGGCGCAGUCGUCGGAAUCGUUUGUGAGCAUAAUCGAUCAUUUUCAUUUCGCUAUGUUCUGUCUGUUGGUGUUCAUGUGCUUUGGCGACAAGCUCCACGAGAAUCAAAUUAAAGAAAUUGAAACCAUACAGCGGCGAUUGCUUUUGAAUUUUCGUAGAUUCAAUGCGCUCAACUUCUGGCCUCGAUUAGGGAGAAUUUUGUUUCGUAAUCGCUGGAAUGAGCUGAUUCGACUACGCCAAGAACAGGAAAACGUGUAUAUCCCUCUGAUUAGAACUCGUCUCCAAGCCAAACAAAGGCCUAUCAAUCAAAGUGAAGAGAAAGAGGCCGAAGUGGUUGCUUAUGUCGACUCUCUGGCAGACUUAAAGCUACCGGAGGAAAACAGAAAGCUAGAUGAGAGGGAAAUGGUGAGUCUAUGCAGUGAAUUUCUUAGUGCAGGCACCGAUACCACAGCCACGGCUCUGCAGUGGAUCCUGGCUAACUUGGUUAAACACUCCGAGAUUCAAUCCAAGCUUUACGAUGAGAUAAUUGAAGUCGUGGGACUGCCUCCAGCAAUGGCAAUGUCUAGUAACAAAGAGUCAAGCAUGCAGCAAAUGGUAGAGGAGGAGGAUUUACAGAAGAUGCCAUACUUGAAGGCUGUCGUGUUAGAAGCAUUGAGGCGUCACCCGCCAGGGCACUUCGUGUUGCCCCAUCGGGUCACAGAGGAAGUUGAAUUGGAUGGUUAUGUGAUCCCGAAGAACGGGCUUGUGAAUUUCAUGGUGGCCGACAUGGGUUUGGAUCCAAAAGUGUGGGAGGAUCCGAUGGAAUUCAAUCCCGAAAGGUUCUUAGCAGAUGGUGGGGAGGCUUUUGAUGUAACGGGGAGUAGGGAGAUCAAGAUGAUGCCAUUUGGUGCAGGGAGGAGAAUAUGUCCCGGGUGGGCUCUGGCUCUGCUUCACUUGGAGUACUUUGUUGCCAAUCUGAUUUGGUACUUUAAAUGGACAGCCCUUGAUGGAGACGAUAUUGAUCUGUCCGAGAAGCAAGAGUUCACCACUGUCAUGAAGAAUCCAUUGCGAGCUCGAAUCUCUCCUAGAGUUCCAUAAGUUUAUAUCCGGUAAUUACUAUUACGACUUAUCGUGAAGUUUUAGUCGAAAGUUUAUGCAAUAUUCACUUCGAUCUCAUGUGUUGAAACUCUAUAUGCAUAUUUGUUCUAUAAAUGAAUCUACGAUUUCUCGUUUUUAUAGGCU